AUGUCUUUUGUGGUUGACCAGGUGCGCCGGAUAGACAGCCAGCUCGAUCGGCUGCAGCUGUCGUCGAGCACUAGGACCUUCUCUAUUACCGCCGAGGAGGCCCAUGACCCAGCAAAGACAAGCCGCAUUGCUCAUUUGCAAAACCUCAUCAAGUCGCUCUCCACAACCGCUUCUUCCAAGCACAGUCUGGUCCCAGCGGCCAGAAUAUCCGAAACCUUGCAGCGAGCACAUAUCUCUACCACAAUCGAGGAUGCAAGCUAUGAACAUGAAUUGGAAUGGCUACUCGUUAGCAAGGCGACAACGCAGGCCUACGGACAGGUUCUGAACACCAUAUUGGAGCAGACAAUUCCUCUCGAGAAUGAUCUCUGGUACUGGGACGACAUCCUCUCUACCUAUAGCUUUGCCGGACUGUACUCUGUGCAGACAUCGCCCGUUCGGCUGUGGAAAUGGUCGCAGGAGAUAUACCACGAUAUACGCUCAAGAGGCCCUCAAUUAGCUGAUGGUUGGAGCCAAUUUUACGGCCUAGUCAAGGAUACCGUGCAGGAGCGCAGCAUUGCAAAUAUCCAGCGAAGAGUAGUAAGCCCGCUGGCACUUGUGAGAAACGAGGGCAGGAAAAAGCGUGCAGCUCUAAGGAAGAUACGAAUGGUCAAUGCCAAUGCACUCGGUGUGUUACUCGGCGAAGGUCUGGGUAACGAGAACGUGCAUGACGAUGGCACACACACGCCUACCCUGCUCGGCGCUCAAAGCGGACAAAGGUGGAAGAGUGUCAUGUCCAAGAACAUUGCCCUCAUGGAUGCUGUGAUUCAGAGCGUGAAUGCUGCAGAGCUUUCUGUUGACAAGUUCGACGACUCGGUUACCAGCAUCACUCAAGACGACCAGUUCUAUUUGCUACAUGAGCCUUCUGGUGAACGGGCUGCAACUACCUUGAAGCCAGCAGAAGUUGCAGAACGUCUCCAGCACCUGCUCAAAACUGCCUUACCUACCUAUACUGCCAACUUCAACGCAGUCGCUAAGGCCAAUGGUCGUCCUUCCCUUUUGAUACGUUAUUGGCUCCCUGCAACCCUACUGCUAGUAUCUUCGACCACCAUCUUGCGUAUCGUUGUAAAUCGAAGGGAAGAGCUGCUAACUUGGAUCCGUGAGCUGGGGCAAACCGUCAUCGACUUUUGGGCGAAUUGGGUAAUUGAGCCCACCAAGAGAAUCAUCGGCACUAUUCGCCACAACGAGGAAAGCGAGGUCUCCAUCAUGAGCAAACGCAGUCUGGAAUCGGAUCGUGCCAGUCUGGAGCGCAUGGUUGUAGAUUUUGCAGUCAAGAAUUCUGAGGGCCCGGCAUUGAACGAGUCUCAGAUAGCUGACAUCAGGGCAAAGGUGCGCGAGGGCGAUCUAACAACAGUUCUCAAGUCCUACGAGAAAGACAUCCAAAAUCCUGUCAGAGGUGCCAUAGUCGGCAAUCUAGCCAGCGCGUUACUUAUUCAGGUUCAAAAGACCAAGGUUGAUGUCGAGGUCGCGAUGAGUGGCAUUGACAGCAUUCUCAAGAGUCAGGAGCUACUUUUUGGCUUCAUUGGUUUGACACCAGGUGUACUGGUAAGCAUUGGCGUCUAUCGCUGGCUUCGGGGCGUCUUCAACAGUCGCAAAGGAGUGCAGCAGUGGGCGAGGCAGGGCCGUAUGAUACUCAUUCUGCGUAACAUUGACCGCAUCCUUACUGGAGCGGUUCCGACAGCAGACGGCGAAAUAUCGUACAAAGACCACGGUUUACUCCUCUGCGAAGUCCAUCUCCUCCGACAAGCUGCAAGUGGCACCCUGCCCCGACGCAUGUUCCAGGACUUGCUGGUCGAGAUAGACGAGAUUGUGGACGUUAGAAGCGGGCUGCAGCGACAACAGAAGGUAGUUGAGCGCAUAAGCGAAGACUCGUUCACUCCCUCGUUCAUCACCACCAUCGGCAUCGACUUCAAGAUCCGCACGAUUGAGCUUGACGGCAAGCGCGUAAAGCUCCAGAUAUGGGAUACGGCAGGUCAAGAGCGUUUCCGGACCAUUACCACGGCCUACUACAGGGGUGCCAUGGGCAUUCUGUUAGUCUACGACGUUACCGACGAGAGGAGCUUCACCAACAUUCGCACAUGGUUCGCCAACGUUGAACAACACGCCACCGAGGGUGUCAACAAGAUUCUCAUUGGUAACAAGUGCGAUUGGGAAGAGAAGCGCGCCGUCUCGACAGAACAAGGCCAGGCUCUCGCUGACGAGCUCGGAAUCCCUUUCCUCGAGGUCUCUGCAAAGAGCAACAUCAACGUUGACAAGGCCUUUUACAGCUUGGCCGGCGAUAUCAAGAAGCGGUUGAUCGAUACUGCAAGGACAGACCAGACUGCCACGCCAAAGGUGGAUGUCGGCGGGCAGGACGGUGGCAAUGCAGGCAUGGGUGGCAAGUGCUGUUAA